CUAGCAUGUUUGGAUCAACCCGCCUCCUAUAUGAGAAGAGAAAUCCUACAGAAGUGUUCACAGUUGACUUUUCUUUUCUUCCUUUGAAUCAUGGAUGUUUGUAAAAUGUCCGGGUUUCAGGAUUUUUCAGUUUUCCCUGUGGAUGUCCAACAGCUUUCUGUGAGUAAAGAAGAGCUUUCCCCUGAGGAGGAGAGGAGCUCCAGUCUGAACCAUGCGAUUACUGAGCCUCCACAUAUUAAAGAGGAACCAGAGGAAUUCUGGAACAGUCAGGAGGGAAAGCGACUUCAAGAGCCAGAAAAUGCUGAUAUAAUCAAGUUCACUUUUGAUCCUGUCCUUGUGAAAAUUGAAGAGGAUGAUGAGAAACCUCAGUCCUCACAGAUUCAUCAGAGACAGUCUGAACAGAUGGAAACAGGAGCUGAUGGAGAGGAUGGUGGAGAGGCAGGAACAGCAAGGUCCUAUGAUCAAGAGAGAGAUUUACAACCAGAGACUGAGGUCAAGAGUGAGGACUCCUCUGAGGCUGAGACUGAUGACAGUGUUGAUUGGAUGGAGACAACAGAGCCCCCGUCAGGUUUAACCACAGUGGAAUACGUAAAAAAUAAGGGAAGGACUGAUAAAACAUCACAUCACAGCUCUGAGGGCGGUAAAACAUUUAGCCACACCAGUCAUCUUAGAGAGCAUGUAACAAUUCACACCGCAGAAAAGCCUUUUGGUUGCUCUGAGUGUGGUAAAAGAUUUUCCAAUCAAAGAAGUUUGACCAGACACAUGAUAAUACACUUUGGAGAGAAAACAUUUGGCUGCCCUGUGUGUGAUAAAAGAUUUUACCAACAAAAUCAAGUUACAUAUCAUAUGAAAAUUCACUCAGGAGAAAAACCUUUCAGGUGCUCUGAGUGUGGUAAAGGAUUUCGGCAUGAAAGUAAUUUGAUCAAACAUGAGAGAAUUCAUACAGGAGAGAAACCAUUUGACUGCCCAGAGUGUGGUAAAAGAUUCAACCAAAAUGGACAUCUUACCAGACACAUAUUAGUUCAUGCCAGACAGAAACUCUCCAGUUCCACUGAGGGCAGUGAAAGAUUUAACCUAAAAGAUCAAGCAAAGAACCAUCAGAUAGCUCAAACUGCAGUAAAACCUUUCACCUGCUCUGAGUGUGGAAAAAGUUUUGGAAAAAAAUAUUGUCUUUCCACACACAUGGUAGUUCACACAAAACAGAAGCCCUUCAGUUGCUUGGAGUGUGGUAAACAGUUUGGCCUUAAAAGAACGUUGGACAUACACAGGAGAAGUCAUUCAGGAGAGAAACCCUUUGAGUGCUCUGAGUGUGGUAAAAGAUUUACCCUUAAACACCAUUUGAAGGACCAUAUGAGAACACACUCAGGAGAAAAACCCUUCAGUUGCUCCGAGUGUGGUAAAAGAUUUAACUGCAAUCAAAAUCUAACCACACAUAUGUUAGUUCACAGUAAUGAGAAGCUCUUCAGCUGCUCCGAGUGUGGUAAAAAAUUUAGCUUUAAAGGCUCUUUGGCUAUACACAGGAGAAGUCAUUUAGGAGAGAAACCCUUUGAGUGCUCAGAGUGUGGUAAAAGAUUUACCCAUAAACAUCACAUGAAGGACCAUAUGAAAACACACUCAAAAGAAAAACCCUUCAGUUGCUCUGAGUGUGGUAAAAGAUUCAAACGCAAUGGAAAUCUGACCACACACAUGCUAGUUCAUUCUAAACAAAAACUCUUCAGCUGCUCAGAGUGUGGCAAAAAUUUUAGCCUUAAAAGUGCUUUAACCACACACAGGAGAAGUCAUUCAGGAGAGAAACCCUUUGAGUGCUCUGAGUGUGGUAAAAGAUUUAGCCUUAAGACAAAUCUGAACACACACAGAAGAAUUCAUUCAGCAGAGAAACCCUUUGUCUGUUCAAAGUGUGGUAAAGGAUAUACCCAAAAAUUUUCUCUGACAAAACAUAUGUUGAGUCAUACUAGACAAAAACAGUUUAGGUGCUCUGAGUGUGGCAAAAGAUUUUAUCGACAAGGUUCCCUGACCAGACAUAUGUCACUUCACACUCAACAGAAGAGAGAAACUCUUACGCUCCUUCUUCCCUGUUGAAUUAUUCUCUUGAAGGUCUUGUUUGGCAUUUGACAUCACUUUGAAGACAUUCUGCUGCAAUAUUUUUGACCAAAGUUUUCUUUGGCUAUAUCAGCUAAUGAUUCACAAGUGCACUGACAGUCAAGCCUGACUACAAUGACCCUGAGAUUAAAGACUGUGGUCAUUAUUGUUAUUAUGAAUAUUUCUUGGUGAUAUGAGAUGUACCACUGUUAAUACACAACUCUGAGCCUGGAAGAGAAAACCCAUAUCAAUAUUGACAUACUUAAAUAUUAAAAGCGUUGCAGAGAAAUAAAUUUAAACACUUUGAUGCUCAGACUUUAACAAGAGACCACCUCUCCAGAAGAUCUCUGUUUUUCACCCCAAAUCAGCAGAUGUGCAUCAGCCCCUCACCCUGGGGGACUGUUGGGUUUGAUUAGUGGACAUUCUUCCUCUAAAUGAUACUUGUUUAUUCAUGUCCUGUCUUUUAUAUGGUCAUAACUUGGGAAGGGUAUGUUUCAGCUCAGUUUUCCAGGCCUUGGGACAGAUUCUGGAUGUAUUGUUGACAUGAACCCAUCAAGAUAGAUAGAUAGUUAUUCACUGUCAUUGCAUUGUAAAAACACAACGAAAUUUACCAAAUCACAUGCAUGUAUUCCGUAUACUCUCUCAUACACUACUGGCACAUACACACACCCACCCAGACACACACACACGGUCACAUACGCACACAGCUCUUCAACACCCUCAACUUUAAGUGCCACAGUAUGUUGUUAGUCCCCUCCUGGGUCUGUUUAGUGUUGUCUUAUCAGCUUCAAGUAUUUGCACUUCUUUUGUUGUCAUUUUUUUAGUAGUAUUAUUUUUACAUUUGUGUAUUGUUUCUCACUAUUCUGUUCUGUUAUUGUUUGUAUUGUCUUGCAUCACUAAAUUAAAGAAAGAAAAAAAAAAACAACAACGAAAUUACCUUUGGCAGUCUCCUCUGUAGCAGCAAGCAAAUGUCCAUCCUGCUGGCGAGGGAGUGGGCACCCAUUAGAAAGAUGCUUGAUACGACAGGUUUGUGUGGGGCGGCUCUUAGCCUAGCCUGCAGCCUGGCUUGUUUGCCCCGCUUCUGUCUUCUCGCACAAUGCCGUCUCUGCCUCCCGCCCAGCUGUAGGUGUCGUGCUGCUCUGCGUCCUCCUCCUUUUAGUCUCCAAGCGCCCCGUUCUCCAGAUAAUCUCAGUCAGGAAAGAUGUAAACUCAGUGGACACACUUCCUUAGUAGUCAAAGAAGCAGUCUCUAAUACACAGAAUGUCAGUUCUGGUAUGAGUGUAGGGCUUUGUUUUGCUGCUAGUGAUGGAGUGCCAGGCUGCUGUGUUUGGAGGCGCUGCCCCAUGCUACCUCAAUAGGUAGCUUUCAGAAAUCUUCUGUUGCUCAGGCAGUCUUCCGUGGCAGUUACUGGCAGUUGUUGUUAACUUUUAACCCAGCCAGGAGUUGUAGUUGAGACUGAAGUCUUCUUUUUCAUCCUUAUUGAGUUUUUCUCGAUGGAAAUUUCCAAUUCUUUCUCCCAAAGGUGUCCUGGACUAUCCAGCUUCUUGUUGUCAUAGGUUUCAACACAUGUUGUCCACUUAAUUGUGAAAUAUCACGACAAUUUAGAGAUAAAACUAAAGAGUGCAUCUUUCUUGAUGCCAACUGCUCUGGUUGCCCGGAAACAGUUAAGGUUGGAAAGACUGUUUUUACUCACACAAUAGGAUAGGAAAAACUUUCAGAUCUGAAAGAUGUCAGAUAUUCCUGAGCCUUUAUGCCGUGGUUCAAGAAAAAACUCACCACACAAUUACAUAAAUGUACAAAAUGGACAUAUUUUCCAAGGAAUCACUAAUGAUUUAGAGUUGAGUUGUAACUGUGAGUUGGAAGAUGAUGCACAUGUGAAAAGAGGAUAAAAUAUCCCAUUUGAUUUAAUUCAUUUGCCAUUUCUGGAGCAAUCUUGUUCCUUUUGGCCACCAUGUGAAAAUAUAAUGUUGAAAAAAGGUGUUAUUCACUCUUAAUGUCAUGAAUAGGUUUAAAGUAAAAGGUAAUACAAAGUAGUAACUGUUGUGGUCUACAUAUUUCAUUUAGUUCUAUUCUUACUGUUUCAUUUCUAUUCCAUUCUGUCUCUUACCAAUAUUUUAAAUGCUUUUACAUUUCUGGUCCAGGUCUCUUUCUAUGUAGUUGGUUCCUGUGUUGCUUGGAUUGGUCCAGGUUAUUCUGGGUUUUUAUUCUUGGUCUUUACUUUUUUCUGGAAUCUUACAUGUCUGGUUUUUUAUGAUGUCUUUCUAACUUGUUUCUUGUGUAUAUAAUGCUCUGCUGAGUUUUUAUGGCACUGGAGAUACAAUGCUGCAUGAGUUUUGCAUGGGUUCUCUGUGGGGUUUUGUAUUUCUUGUUGUGUUUUGUUGUUUGAGUGACAGUGCUUUGUCUAAAUUGUGAUUCUUCUGGUUGUCAAAGCACUUCGUAAACCUCUGUUUUUAAAGGUUAUAUACAAAUUAAGUUUAUUAUUAUUAUUAUUAUUCCUGGUCUGUAGAGAGUUACUGUAUGA